AUGCCUGCUGGUAUGGAUGUUGCACGCCUGCCCAGCAUCGGGAUUCGCCGGUCCGAUGAACAGACAGGUGCCAAUAGGGGAGAGGAUCUAGCCGCAACGGUGGCAUGGAGAAGGAGAGAAGGCGGUCGGCGACAGACCUCGGACCAACUACAGGCAAACUACCAUCCUAGUCCGAUAACAGGCCCCGGUCUCAGUCUCCAGACAUCGGCAGAGCCUUUGAGUUCAAUCGGGUAA